UCAGGAUGCGUCACAACAACAUAGAGUCGAUCAGAGCGAUCACCUUUAACCAGCAACCCUCGAUGGAGGCGUCGUUGGCAGACGCUAACAACAACCACAACGGAAGUAGCUACAUUGGACUUUCGAUGGCGGCCGACGGUACUGGAUCAUUGGUGUCCGAAAUAAAAAAAGAUGAAAAGUAUUCCCUCCGACAACGGCAGUCACGUCGCACUACCGUAGAAACGGCAACCGUAAGCAAAACAACAACCACCACCAAGGAGAAGGCGACGCCAAAGGAAAAACCUAAACCCAAAGCGGCUCCCCUUAGCAAGUAUCGCCGGAAAACGGCCAACGCUCGCGAGCGGAGCCGAAUGCGAGAGAUUAACAGUGCGUUCGAGAACCUUCGACGAGCUGUUCCGGUAGCGGUGGCGGGUUCGAGUGGUACCAGUUCUCCCGUCAGCUCGCCUCAGUGUAGUGGGAGUGCGGCAUCGAGCGAAAAGCUUACCAAGAUUACCACCUUACGCCUAGCGAUGAAGUACAUCCGGAUAUUAAGUGACAUGCUGCACGGCACUGCACCCGGAACGCUCGAAAACAACAACGAACUAGAUAUGAUCAACCAUAACGAGAUAGAGCGGGAGGUGAUGCAAAAGGGUUUACUACUGCUGGAAGGCGGAUAUCCCAUCGGAACUCCGGGGUAUAUCUCAUCGUCACCCGCUGCAUCCCCGGUGCGACAAACUAUCGACACUCCGAAGGCAUCGUCAGCGUCCUCCAAAAAUAACUCGCAUCAAUCUAGCACCACCUCAUCUAGCAGUUCCCGAAAGCGAUCGUCUAGCAAACGAAGCACUUCUAGUAAUAGUCGAUCGAAAAAAUCCACCUCAUCCAGUUCCACCACAAGCAGUUCCAGAACACGAGCUUCAGCAGCAAGCAAUGGACGAAAGUCGACCACGAGUGUACCAACGGUAGAAAAGAUAGAUGAUAAUAUUCAGUUAACAGCGCCCAGCUUACUACCGGAUCCUGCUCGCCCCGAUCCGCUCGGAAUGGAUGUAGAUCUAAGCUCCGUGCUGGAGUCGGAUAACGACUCACUCAUAUUAUCCGAACCCUGUCUCAGCCCACUGACCACCGGCGUCGGACCGGGUAUACUUAAGUCCCAUCCCAACUUUGCCUGCACCAACAGUCAGUCCGUGGUUCCGAACGAUGGGCUGGAGUUUGGUUUGUUCCUAGAGUCGGACGCCGAUUCGCUGCAGCUGUCCGAGCCGUGCCUCAGCCCGCUUAGUCAUCUGGACUCGUUGAAUCCGUUCAACGAUCUGCUUCACACAGGCUUCAACGAACAGACGGCCCUUGAAUUGUAUCUAUAACCAACGGCCCUGAAGG